GUGCUGCUCUGGCGCAUGCGCGCUGAGAGGAGCGGGCUGAGGGCGAGAUGUCCCAGAGGAAGCGCGGCAGAGGCUCCGGCCUCACCCAGGGCGACGAUGAGGAUUUCAGCGUGCUGCCCACGCAGAGCCCCAGCCAAGUGCAGAGGAACCUGGAGAGCCGCUCCCAGGAGGAGAUCGAUCGGAAGGUGACCGAGCUGGUGCAGUUCCUGCUUGUGAAAGACCAGAAGAAAAUCCCUAUUAAAAGAGUAGACAUCCUGAAAAAAGUUAUCCGUGAAUAUAAAGAUGUUUACUCAGAGAUUGUCAACCGGGCGGGCAGGACCCUGCAGCAGGUGUUUGGGUUGCAGAUGGUGGAGAUUGACACCAAGCACCACAUCUACAUCCUCACCAGCACCCUGCCGCGUGUCGAGGGGGAGAACCUGAAACAGGAUAUACAGACAGCCAAGCUGGGUCUCCUCAUCGUCAUCCUCAGCUUCAUCUUCAUGAAGGGCAACUCAGCCAAAGACAGUGCUGUAUGGGAGUUCCUGCGCCGGCUCCGGGUGCACCCAGGGGAGAAGCACGAGGUGUUUGGGGAUGUGAAGAAGCUGGUGACGGAGGAGCUGGUGCGACAGAAGUACCUGGAGGUCACCCCCAUCCCCCUGACGGACCCCCCCGAGUUCAAUUUCCAAUGGGGGCCGAGGGCUGCCAAGGAAACCUCCAAGAAGGACAUUCUGAGCUUUGUGGCGAAGGUGCAGAAGAAGGAGCCCAGCUUCUGGAUCAGCCAAUACAACGAAGCCAAGGCCAACUCGUGAACCCCUUGUCCUUAAAUAAAAUUGUGUUCUUUUGGGGGGUGCUCAGCUCCCCAGCACGCA